AUGGGAGCUUGUUCCUCUUGUCUUGGCUUCGGCCGGCGGGAUCGAGGAGUCGAGAAUCCCGAAACAUCACGUCUACUGUACGACGAUCCUUACCGCUCACAAUACGGAGCAACUGGCCAGAGCCAGCAUCGAGUGCACUAUCACCAACCAGAUCCAGAAUCACUUCGACGAGAGACGGAAGCGCUGGAAGGGAUCUGUCAUGAUAUGUCUGAUGACGUGGUAGAUGUUUUCACGCUCACGCCCCAGUCAGGCCAACCCAACAGCAACCUUAACUCCCAACCAACUACAUCCACUGACGAGGGUACGCCAACCGCCAAAAUGCACGAGGAGCAUACUAGAGAGAAGCAUGAGCCAGCACCUCAAAGGAUGAUGUACAGGAGUGUGCGGGCUGCUCCAUCAGCAGGCCACAUCUGGAGGGAUUUGAACGAAGACCCUAAAAGUUGGGAAGUGGCCAAGGCAGUCAUGGAGGGCUCGGGAGAAAGAGGAUGA